AUGUGGCGAUUUUUUCGCAAAGUGCAACAGCAGCGCAAUCGCGAUUUGGAUGCUCUUCGUCAGGAUAUUGACACGGAUGUGCAUAUUAAAUCAGCAGCGGAUCUACUGCAAAGCUUACAAGUGGAUUCUGAACGAGGUUUGUCUACAAUUGUUGCGAGAAAUCGUUUACGAGAUCAGGGGCCAAACGCAUUAACUCCGCCAAAAAAAACCUUGGAGAUUCAGAAAAUCUUGCAUCGAUUCUGCGGAGGAUUUUCCUUAUUAAUAUGGGUAGGUGCCAGUUUGUGCUUUGGCAAUUAUUUCUUGGAAUUGAAUACUUAUGGUGAAGCUUCCGAGGAUCACCUCUGGAUCGGUUUAGUUCUUAUUGUACUGAUCAUGAUCACUGGCGUGUUCAGUUACUAUCAAGACACUAAGAGUUCACGCAUCAUGGAAUCGUUCCAGCAGAUGAUACCGCAAUGUGCCAAGGUUUUACGGGAUAGUGAGAGAAAGGAGUUGCUGGCGACCGAGCUGGUGGUCGGCGACAUCGUCCUGUUAGAGACCGGUGACCAGGUACCUGCUGACAUUAGGAUCCUGGAAUGUCAAGGUUUGAAAGUCGAUAAUGCAUCAAUUACGGGUGAAUCGAUACCAUUGAUACGAAUGGCGAACAUUCCGCAAACCGGAAGUGUUAUUCAAGCGAAGAACAUGGUAUUCUUUUCUACAAAUGUUGUCGAAGGCAGCGGAAAAGGCGUUGUAGUGGCUUGUGGCGAUCAUACUGUAAUGGGCAGAGUAGUCAAGUUAACUUCAAGAUUACCUACCCGACCUACGCCUCUCUCGAGGGAAAUACACCGCUUCAUAAAACUAGUCUCAUGCUGGGCCAUUUUCCUAGGAGUUUCGUUCUUUACUAUGUCCAUAGCGAUGGGACAUGACUGGAUCGAUUCAGUGUUGUUUCUGAUUGGUAUCAUCGUGGCGAAUGUGCCGGAGGGCAUCGUCGCCACGAUGACGGUUAGCCUGACUUUGACCGCCAAGAGGAUGGCCAGUAAGAAUUGCUUAGUAAAGAAUCUCGAGGCUGUCGAAACUUUGGGAUGCACUGCCGUUAUCUGCAGCGACAAGACUGGCACUCUUACGCAAAAUAAAAUGACUGUGCGACACGUGUGGUACAACGGUCAACUGUGCGAGGUGAUGUCGUCAGACACGUGGAGGAAAUAUAUCAAUGAUCCGGGUUUCAAAAAUCUGGCCAGAGUAGCGAGUCUCUGUAAUCGCGCCGAAUGGGCACCGAUACUCAAGGAUGAACCUCUGCCACCAUUAAAUAAAAGAAAAAUCUUAGGAGACGCCUCGGAUGCGGCUUUAUUAAGAUGUAUGGAGAUCCUUGUAAAAGGAGGAACUGAUUCCUUCAGAAAAAAUUAUGUUAAAAUAUUGGAGAUUCCUUUUAAUUCGACUGACAAAUUUCAAGCGAACAUACAUUUAUUUCGCAGCAAGUAUCUUAUAUCCUUCAAAGGCGCUCCAGAACGUGUUCUCGAACGUUGUUCGACUGUAGCAUUCGGUAACGAGACUAAAGAUUUGAACGAAGAGAUAAGAUCAGCGUACACGGAAUCUUGUUAUAUUCUGGCGAACAACGGUGAACGCGUUCUCGGCUUUGCCGAUCUCGAACUUUCGACCAAGGCUUUCCCCGUGGGUUAUCACUUCGAGGCCGAUCCUCCAAAUUUCCCUCUUGAAAAUUUAAGAUUGAUCGGUCUAAUAGCCAUGAUGGACCCGCCACGGCCAGCUGUUCCUGAUGCCGUGUACAAAUGUCGUUGCGCCGGCAUCAAAGUUAUCAUGGUGACCGGUGAUCAUCCUGAUACCGCCAAAGCGAUUGCCAAGUAUGUUGGCAUCAUUACCGACCACGAUGACUAUGCCAACAGCAACCGGAAGCAGGAUAUUGUAGUGACUGGUACACAAUUACGAGAUUUGUUGCCGGAACAACUGGACCAACUGAUUAGGCAACAUCAGGAGAUUGUAUUCGCCAGGACAUCACCGGUGCAAAAACUGCAGAUCGUUGAAAGCUGCCAGCGGUUGCAUUUGAUUACCGCGGUUACCGGCGAUGGUGUCAAUGACUCACCAGCCCUCAAGAAAGCUGACAUCGGUAUCGCAAUGGGCAUCACAGGAUCCGAUGUGAGUAAGCAAGUAGCGGACUUAAUAUUACUAGAUGACAAUUUUGCUUCGAUAGUGACAGGCAUUGAAGAGGGUCGGCGAAUAUUUGAUAAUCUCAAGUCGAGCAUCGCGUAUACUUUGGCGAGCAACGUGCCGGAAAUAACGCCUUUUUUAGCAUUCAUUGUUCUCGGGAUUCCUCUACCGGUCGGUGUAAUUUGUAUACUAUGCAUCGAUCUGGGAACAGACAUGUGGCCAGCAAUUGCUUUGGCUUACGAGAAAUCUGAAUCGGAUAUAAUGUUGAGAAAGCCCAGAAUACCUCAAAGCGAUCAUCUAGUUAGCCGAAAAUUAAUCUUCAUGGCUUACGGUCAGAUUGGUGUGAUUGAAGCGUGCGCGGGUUUCUUCACGUAUUUCGUGGUGAUGGCGGAACAUGGUUUUCUGCCGAAACGACUUCUGGGUUUAAGAUCAAUGUGGGAUAGUUCGGUAGUGAAUGACUUGGAAGAUAGUUUUGGACAGGAAUGGACUUAUCAACAACGUAAGGUCCUCGAGUACACUUGUCACACCGCUUUCUUUGUUAGCAUCGUGAUUGCUCAAGUGGCAGAUGCAAUGGUUUGUAAAACUCGCCGCAACUCAUUACUGCGCCAGGGUAUGGGUAACUGGGUCCUGAAUUUGGGUCUGCUCCUUGAAAUCGUCCUGGCUUGUGUAGUUUGCUACGCGCCCUACAUGGAUCGCAUCCUGAAGACGUAUUCUUUAAAGCCAGAGUGGUGGUUACUUGGUGUACCGUACGCUAUUAUAAUAUUAAUUUAUGAGGAGUUGAGGAAAUGGUGGAUUAGAAGACAUCCAGGUGGCUGGUGGGAUAAAGAGACUUCAUAUUAG